UUAAACAGGUGUAUACUAUAGACAAAUGGUGAAUAGCGUAAUAAUGAGUGAAUUUUUAAAAAACAAUAUGGAUUUUGUUGUCUCGAAACGUUAGUGAUACCACGCUAAAAAGGUGGUGAAUUCUACACCAUAUUAAGUGUGGUUCAUGGCCGGAAUAUCUGGUUCGGCAGGCAUCCAUGCUCGCCUACUGUAUUCCCCUUUUGCCCGACAUCGCCGUCGCCGACCGCCAUCUUCAUCAUCACCUCGACGACCGCGCCAAUUACCGACCAAUUUUUUCAAUCACCCAUCCUCCUUACCAAAUAAAUAGUUUAAAUAACCGAAAAAUUUUAUCGAAUACGAUUUAGGCCCAUAAUUUUUUCUACCUCUGCAAUAUUUAUAUAAAACGUAUUUUUUUAAUUUUUUUACGAUAUAUUUAUAUAUAUUACUAGUUGUAAGAAUAUUAAAAGUGGCCUUAUUUUUCAUAAUUAAUUGUAGAAGUUAUUAUAAUAUUAUUAAGUGCCCUUAUAUGUUUGCAUUUGAAUCUGUCGUUCUCGUUGUACCUGCGCUUGACUUUGCCUAAUCCUUAUUCCUAAAAAUGGUCGGCAGGUCAUCAUUUAGAAGUAGAAGUAGAACGCAUGCUUUAGGUAAGUUUCAAUUUUUCUCUCUGGUACUUAUUCAAAACUUUAUCACCGAUUAAUUCCGUAACAAAGUUCGAGUUUUUUUGCAUAUUAAGUUAAACAAUUUACAACAACCAGCGAGUUUGAGAUCUUCAUGGAAAGAUUCAGAAGCUGCUUUGAUUGUUGUUCAGUUUGUACAAAUUGUCUAAUUUCACCUAGACUGCACUAGGUGUGACCAGGGUUACUAUUUAAGUUUUGAGAUAAAUAGAAACAAAUACUUAUAAUUGGAUAUGGUUUUAUUGUUUUUGAAAAUAAUCUUCAUGAAGAUCAAUUCAUUUUUACAUUGUCGAAGCAUUUCUUCCAUUCUGAAUGAGAUACCUCCAAAACACGUGAUUUGAACGCAUCAACCUCUUCUUCAGAUGUAGAAAAACGUUGAUCUCGGAAUUCAAUUUUGAUAUGUGGGACUAAGAAGAAAUCAUUGGGUGCCAAACAAGGACUAUAUGGCGGAUGAGGCAUCAAUUCGAUGUUUUGACUGUUCAAAAACGUUUUUGUUUGAACUGAUGUGUGAGAACUCGCGGAAAAUAAUUCGUCAUCUAUGACAGCACACUACUAUUGGUUUAAUUCACUUCGAAACUCAUAGAAAACCAUCACACGAAAAUGUUCGUUAUUUAAUUCCAUCUUAUGACCAAGAUAAAUAUUUCAAUUAUUCGUAAACAACUCAAAUAAUACUCGUAUGACUACACGUUCCGAGUACGUUUACCAUUAAAAAUGUCAAACUUGAUGAUGUCAAUGUCAUACUUGACAUAUUCACAUCAGUGUUGCCAUAUCUCAAAACUUAAGUAGCAACCUUCGUAUAUCCUUAUUACCUUAAUAUGGGUACGUAGUGAGUUCCAUGAGUUCUUGGCCUUAUAUAGUAAAUAUAGUGUGUUCGCAAAAAUCUUUAUACACGCAACAAGUCUCAACAACGUUUCAACUUGCUGCUUCGAACCAUUUUUGUAUAGUAGAGAUCGCAUAACCACACAGUCAAGUUGCUUUGAAAUAUUUCUCAAAUUUUUGACUGAAUAGCUUGAUUCCACUAUUUUCACCGAUUGAAAAUUGUGUCACUGGAGACGAGACUUAAAAGAUAUCGCGAGUAUGGAGCUCCUAUAACGGUGACUACUCCAGAAAAUAUUAAAUUAGUGGAAAUGAAAAGAAAUUACGGCACAGACCGGCAUUUCCAAAAUAAAUGUUCUGAGGAUCCUACAUGAGCAUUUAGAGUAUAACAAAAAUUAGUGCAAGGUUGGUGCCUUGAAUUCUCAGCGCAGUGCAAAAGAGUAAAAUUUUCUGAGCAAUUUUUAAAGCUUUGCCGCGAGGACCAAAAAAGUGUGAGCCGAUCAAUUGUGAUAAAAUUGUGAUCUUUUACUAUGAUCAGAGGUAACUAAUAACACCAAAAAAGUGAUGGAUACAAUGUUUUGGGACGAAAAACGUCCUCGCUUUCCAAGUCUAUUUCACACGAAUUUUGCUUCACAGAGAUUGAACACUCACCAAAUAUUCCCGACCUGGCCUCGUCUGAUUAUUUUUUGUACGCAAAGAUGAAGGUCGAUUUAAGGGGUUAAAUAUUCAAUAGCGACCAUGAAACUAAACUGACAGUGUUCGGACAUUUUAAAACUCGUAACAUUUAUCAAAGCCAUUUGGGUUAACCUCUAUGGUAUAUUUAUUAAAAUUACUACAUCAAAAAAAAAUCACGUGUCUAUUACAGUGGCUUGAUACAGACAGUGUGUACACAUGAGAGAGGCCGCCAAAUGCGAAAAUAAUUUAUUUUGUAUCGUUGCUUGGGUUUAACAUGGCGGCCACUAUCAUGUAGCAGCACUGCUUCUAUCACGCCAUGAAAUAUAUCUAUAAUAAAAUAGCGCCACCUAUCUAGCACGUUACAUAAAAUGUUCCUAGUUUACAGAAAUCCAUUUAACAGAACCGUACUUACUUUUGUAAGAUUCAAAUCUUCCCCAAAACUAUAAUUUGCUAAUGUGAUCUAUAUCGAAAACUCUGAAACUUAAAUAUCGCUCUGUUCUGAGAUACAGAGUGUUUGAAAACAAUAUAAAAAUUGGUUUUGUUUGUUUCCUCAAGACUAUUAUAUAUUUGAAAUAUAUGAAAGUACAUUAAAAUGUUUAAAACGUAGAAUUCCAUUCAUGAAUUUUGGAUAAUCCUUAUUUGUUUGUUUUAAACCUUCACACCAUAGCCAAUUAGAUACCAAAACGUUCUUCUGUUAUAUUUCAGUCGCACAUGUACAUGCAUACAAAUCAUAUAUCUUCAAAUGACUUCGUAGAUAGUAUACAUGAAAUAAAUUUGUAAGAUAUAAAUUUGAUCCACAAAAGUAACAUUUCAUUGAAAAACGUUUGUAUUUCACGUAUAAACUUAUUUUCGCAAUUAUAAUAUUGAAUAUCAACGCCACGGCAGUGCAAGAAUUUGGGCUCAAAAUAAUGAUAGCCUUCUACUCCUAGUAACAUAAUGUACUAUUGCAAGAUUAUUAAAUAAUAUUAACAGAUAAAUCAAUCAAUAUCAAUGUAACAGUCAAAAAAUAUUUCGAAUUUUAGAUUACAUUACACGUUUUUAAAAUGAAAAUUAGCUUAAUCCGGUUCUGGGACUUUACAAUAAUCAGUCUUAUAGUAUCAGCAGUGACAUCUAUCUAUGAAGGACCUAAUUAUAACGUCGAUAAAGAAGGCAUAGGCAAUUUAAAAAAUGGAACUUUAAAGAUAUCUUCACUACCGAUAUAAAACUAUCAUUGACUUAUGACAAAAUAAAACGACCAAAAAUUGACAUUUGUUCAUUAAAUGAUGAUCGAAUAUGUGGUGGUAUGAAUUAAUAUUCCUAAACAAAUAUCAUGCCGUAGUGAAGUGGUAAUUUAUAUUAAAGUUAUUAUAAGUAACAAUUAUUUGUAAAGUUUAUAUAUUAAUACAAAUGAUUUUCGGAAAUACCUCCUAAAAUGGCAAUAAUUAUGCCAAUAGUAUUACUAAGAAAUUGAAAUAUAAAUGCUCUCUUUCCUCCUUUUUGGAUGAUUUAAAUGAUACGAAGCAGAUUAAAAUGGAUUAUGAACUUGAGGUAUUCGAAGUAUAUGAUGAUAGUGACCAACAAACCUCUAAAAGGCAUUCGAAACAUACAAGAAAAAAGUGCAAGCAGAAACAAAAAGCUGUAGUUUUAGGCCUCGAAAAUGCUGACAAUGAUAUAAGUAAAUCUAAAAGUAGUGUGGUAGGAAGUGAUCGAAGACACUUGAGUCUUAGGGAAUCGAUUCUAAGUGUAUUCACCAAACUUGUUGUAUGGAGGGACCAGAGACGGUAUCAAACCAGUGUUCCUGAUAAAAUUGAUUCACCGCAUUCUUCCAAAGACUUUCGGAAAGGCUAUAUACCUUGUGAUAAUCAGAGAAAGAUUCAUGCAAAUGACAGAGUUUUCAACUCUCAAUUCCGGUAUGCUAGCAACUACAUAAAAACCUCGAAGUAUUCGUUAUUGACGUUCCUGCCGCUGAAUUUAUUCGAACAGUUUCAACGCUUGGCGAACUUCUAUUUUUUGUGCCUUCUCGUGUUACAGUUGAUACCAGCGAUCAGCAGUCUCACUCCAGUUACCACAGCAUUGCCCCUUAUCGGCGUACUCGGUCUCACUGCCGUCAAAGAUGCUUACGAUGACAUUCAACGCCAUAUUUCGGACUCGCACGUCAACAAUAGAAAAUCCAGAGUGGUUAGAAGAGGUCAGUUGGUUAAAGAAAAAUGGUCGGCGGUACAAGUUGGAGACAUUAUAAGAAUGGACAAUAAUCAAUUCAUAGCAGCCGAUGUACUUAUUCUAACUUCUAGUGAACCAAAUGGUUUAUGUUACAUUGAAACGUCCGAAUUAGAUGGAGAAACAAAUUUGAAAUGCAGACAAUGUCUAUUAGAAACUGCCGAAAUGGGACAAGAUGACGCUCUGUUAGGUGAAUUCGACGGAGAAAUAUUGUGUGAAAUGCCCAAUAAUUUAUUAAAUAAAUUCGAGGGCGUAUUGAUAUGGAAAGGAAAAUCUUAUCCUUUGGACAAUGACAAAAUUAUGUUGAGGGGAUGCGUUUUAAGGAACACCCAAUGGUGCUACGGUGUUGUGAUUUUUGCUGGUAAAGACACGAAACUUAUGCAGAAUAGUGGAAAGAGUAAAUUUAAACGCACGAGCAUCGACAGGCUACUUAAUUUUUUAAUUAUAGGAAUAGUAUUUUUUUUAUUAUCCAUGUGCCUUUUCUGUAUGGUGGCGUGUGGUAUAUGGGAGUCGCUCGUCGGCCAGUACUUCCAAACGUACCUGCCAUGGGAUACGUUGGUGCCUUUGGAACCGUUAGGUGGCGCCACAAUUAUAGCUCUGUUAGUAUUUUUCUCAUACGCCAUCGUGUUGAAUACGGUAGUGCCGAUUUCUUUGUACGUUUCCGUCGAAGUCAUAAGAUUUGUUCAAAGUUUUUUGAUAAAUUGGGACGAUCAAAUGUACUACGACAAAACGGGAACCAAUGCCAAAGCUAGAACUACGACACUUAACGAAGAAUUAGGCCAAAUAGAAUACAUUUUCUCCGAUAAAACCGGUACGCUUACACAAAAUAUAAUGACGUUUAAUAAAUGUUCGAUAGCAGCUCGAUCAUAUGGAGAUGUUAUCGAUCAAAGGACAGGUGAUGUAAUCGAAAUUACAGACGAUACUGAACCUUUAGAUUUCUCUUUUAAUCCAAACUACGAAACGGAAUUUAAAUUUUAUGAUAAGCAUCUCUUAGAUGCCGUCAGAAGAAAAGACGGAGACGUUUUUAGUUUUUUUAGAUUGUUGGCUUUGUGUCAUACCGUUAUGUCUGAAAAUAACGAUGGAAAAUUGGAAUAUCAGGCACAAUCUCCUGAUGAAGAGGCACUAGUUUCUGCGGCAAGAAAUUUUGGUUUCGUCUUCAAAGAAAGGUCUCCUAACAGUAUCACCAUUGAAGUAAUGGGAAUAAAAGAAGUUUACGAGUUACUGUGUAUUUUAGAUUUCAAUAAUGUUAGAAAACGAAUGUCCGUAAUCCUAAGGAAAGACGGAAAACUUAAAUUGUACUGUAAAGGUGCAGACAGCGUCAUCUAUGAAAGACUUAAAAAUGGCCAAGAUGAAAUUAAACAUAAAACGCAAGAACAUCUUAACAAAUUUGCUGGUGAAGGUCUACGUACCCUCGUAUUGGCUUCAUGUGAUUUAGAUGAAGUUUUCUUCAACAAUUGGAAACAAAGACAUCAAGAAGCGGCAAUCUCUUUAGAAGAGAGAGACGAAAAAUUGGAUGCUCUCUAUGAAGAAAUCGAAAAAGAUUUGGAAUUAGUCGGGGUAACUGCAAUAGAAGAUAAAUUACAAGAUGGCGUACCCCAAACGAUAGCCAAUCUCAUUUUAGCCGGAAUAAAAAUAUGGGUACUCACAGGUGAUAAACAGGAGACUGCUAUUAACAUCGGUUACUCUUGCCAACUUUUGACAGACGAAUUGGUGGAUUUAUUCAUCGUGGACGCAUCAAGCUUCGAUGAAGUUCAACAGCAGCUACACAAGUUUAAAGAAAAUGUUAAAAUCGUCCAAACUUUUCAACCACGAAGUCCCAAUACCGUUCAAACGAGAAACGGACAAUUAAAUUCUUGUGAGAAUCCCAUAGGGGACAAUCCAACCACCCUGCGAUCAGAGAACAAUCCGCCUGCUGUCAGUGUCGUCACAUUCAGCACUGAGCUAGCAUAUCAUAGCGGUAUCGAAGAAUCAACAACACAUGAAGAAACAUCUGGAGGUUUUGCAAUAGUCAUCAAUGGUCACUCUUUAGUGCACUGUUUACAUCCCCAAAUGGAGCGCUUGUUCUUAGAAGUUGUAAUGCAAUGUAAAUCGGUAAUAUGUUGUAGAGUAACGCCGUUACAGAAGGCUUUGGUAGUAGAAUUAGUAAAGAAGAGUAAACAAGCGGUAACAUUAGCUAUAGGCGAUGGCGCCAAUGACGUAUCGAUGAUCAAAGCUGCACAUAUUGGUGUCGGAAUAUCAGGACAGGAAGGCAUGCAAGCCGUACUAGCUUCGGAUUAUUCGAUAGCACAAUUUCGAUUUUUAGAAAGGUUGUUAUUGGUUCACGGUAGGUGGUCCUAUUACAGGAUGUGCAGUUUCUUGAGGUAUUUUUUCAACAAAAACUUCGCAUUCACUCUCUGCCAUUUUUGGUACGCAUUCUUCUGUGGAUUCAGUGCUCAGACAGUUUUUGAUCCAAUGUAUAUAUCUAUCUACAAUCUUUUCUAUACGUCAUUACCGGUUCUUGGAGUUGGGAUAUUCGAUCAAGACGUAAAUGAUAAGAACAGUGUACUCUAUCCGCAAUUGUAUAAACCCGGUCAUUAUAAUCUGUUCUUUAACAAAAAAGAAUUUUUCAGAAGCGCUCUCCAAGGGUGUUUAGUUUCAAUGGUGCUUUUCUUCGUUUCUUUUGGUACUUACUAUGACGCAGUCGGUAGAGAUGGUCAUGGGUUAUCUGAUUACAUGCUAUUUUGUAGUGUGACUGCAGCUAUUUUAGUUAUUGUUAAUACUGCACAGAUCGCAUUAGAUACAAUGUACUGGACAGUAUUUAACCACAUCAUGAUUUGGGGCUCUCUGGCAUUUUAUUUUAUAGCUGACAAUUUUUAUAACUAUCUAUGUCACGGUCCUUAUGUCGGAUCAUUAAUUAAGGCGAUGUCGGAGUUGAAUUUUUGGUUUACAACCGUCCUUGUAGUGAUUAUCUCUAUAAUGCCAGUACUAGCGUGGAGAUUCUAUUUCGUAGAUGUAUUUCCAACACUAUCUGACAGAGUCCGGUUGAAACAGCGAAUGGCACAGGUAAGAUCAAGACAAAGUUUAGAUGUACUGAGAACGCCAUCUGCGAGACGAGUUAGACGAUCUAUCCGUUCUGGUUAUGCGUUUGCUCAUCAAGAAGGUUUCGGACGUUUGAUUACUUCCGGUAAAAUAAUGAGAAAGUUACCAAAUCCCGAAUUCAAUAUACCGAAUAUUAUCAAUAAAUUGAAUAUGACAUCUGCUGGUACCGAUCAUCAUCACCAUAAGAAUACUUCAAGUGGAAGUGCUGUUGCACCAUCUGACGGAAGUAGCAGCGGAAGUAGAGCACCUAUUCAGGAUUUAGAUACCAUCAAUCUGUGACAAAAAUGCUCUGUUUAGACAAAGUGGAUGUUUUUUUUUUGCUACUUAAGAUUAAAAGUAUUGUUUUUGGUUGUUAAAAUGUUAACCUUGAUGACGAAAAAUGAAUGUUUCUUUUAGAAUUCUGAAUAGGAAUUAAUCUUGAUAAAGAUUUUAAGACGUUAAUUUUUAGACAGGGUUCCAAGUUGUAUAGUGUUAAGAAUAUUCUUUCCAUCAUAUAACUUCAUACUUUUAAUCACAAAUAUUUAUAGAACGCAGCUGUAUUUGGUAUUAAUUUGAAAUUGACGGAGUUUAUUUUUUAUAUUUUUUUUUGCUUUAUUUAUUACUGGCACAAAAUAAGAAUUGAAAUGAAUAAUUUUAAUUAUAUCGAAACAUUCAAUUUUAUGUUCAGAACUGUUUUAUUGUUUAUAAAAAUGCAAGUAUUCGAGUUUUUCUGUUAUUUUUUUAAUACACAGAUAUUCGCAAGAAUGAGUUAAUUCGGGAAAACGUUCAUUUGCUACUCGUAAGUAUUUACUAUGUGAUUUUUCACCUUAAACUUAGAUUAUAAUAUACGUGUACAGUAUGAAAACGAUUUUAAGUUCUAGAUUUUAAAUGUUAAGCUUCUACUAGUCAGAAAAGUAUGUUUAAUGUUAUAUAUAAAAUAUUUGUUUAUUACAAAGUUAUUUAAGAUUAUAUGCUUUUUGUUUUUUAUUAAGAAUAAAUUUAUUUUUUCUGUA